GCGGCCUAAGAGAGAACCCGACGAGAGGCCGGAAGCACUCGGAAGUCACGUGCUCCCCCGGCCUCGAGAGUGAUUGGCUUGGAAGGACGUGAAUGAUGCUGCUGUGAUUGCUGAAUUGUCUGGGCAGGGUUUGGAGUCUGGUAAGCUCUGGUGACCUGUGCAUCCUUCUGGAGGAGGUGGAGGGAGAGGCCUGCUUUCUCUGGACUCUAGCGGUCACAACCCCAUCAGAGCCCUGAAGGCCCACCUCAGGCGUCAUCGACAUGGAGUUCUGAAGUCCAUGUGGCUCCUCACAGUGAACCAGGUCUUAAGGAAAAUGCAGAGACGCCACAGCAGUAACACGGAUAACGGUCCACCUGAAAGAAAUCGCAGCCAAGCGCUCAGCUCUGAGGCGAGCGUGGAUGAAGGCGGUGUCUUUGAGAGUCUGAAGGCAGAGUCGGCCUCCCCACCUGCGCUCUUCUCUGGUCUCCCCGGCCUCCCAGCGGGCAGCCUGCCCGCCACCCCGUUCCCGUCCAGCCUGGUGCUGGGGGCAUCAGCCGGAGGCGGGGACGUGUUCAUCCAGAUGCCUGCGUCCAGGGAGGAGGGCGGGGGCCGGGGCGAGGGGGGCGCCUACCACCACCGCCAGCCCCACCACCACUUCCACCACAGCGGCCACCGCGGGAGCUCACUGCUGCAGCACGUGGGUGGGGACCACCGCACCCACUCGGACGAGGGGGGUGACGAGCAGCCGGGGACACCCGCCCCUGCCCUGUCUGAGCUGAAGGCCGUGGUCUGCUGGCUCCAGAAAGGCCUGCCCUUCAUCCUGAUCCUCCUGGCCAAAGUGUGCUUCCAGCACAAGCUCGGCAUUGCCGUGUGCAUCGGGAUGGCUAGUACCUUUGCCUAUGCCAACUCCACGCUGCGAGAACAGGUCUCUCUGAAGGAGAAGAGGUCGGUGCUGGUCAUUUUGUGGAUCUUGGCCUUUCUGGCGGGGAACACCCUAUAUGUGCUCUAUACAUUCAGUUCCCAACAGCUGUACAACAGCCUCAUAUUCCUGAAGCCCAACCUGGAGACGCUGGACUUUUUCGACCUGCUGUGGAUUGUGGGCAUCGCUGAUUUUGUGCUGAAGUAUGUCACCAUUGCCCUCAAGUGCCUUGUCUUGGCCCUGCCCAAGAUCAUCCUGGCUGUCAAGUCCAAGGGAAAGUUCUAUCUGGUCAUCGAGGAGUUGAGCCAGCUGUUCCGAUCGCUUGUCCCCAUCCAGCUGUGGUAUAAAUACAUUAUGGGAGAUGACUCCUCCAACAGCUACUUCCUAGGAGGGGUCCUGAUUGUUCUCUACAGCCUCUGCAAGUCAUUCGACAUCUGUGGUCGUGUGGGCGGAGUUAGGAAAGCUCUGAAGCUUCUCUGCACCUCUCAGAAUUACGGCGUCCGGGCCACUGGGCAACAGUGCACGGAAGCCGGCGAUAUCUGUGCCAUCUGCCAGGCUGAGUUCCGGGAGCCUCUGAUCCUCAUGUGCCAGCACGUGUUCUGCGAAGAGUGCCUCUGCCUCUGGCUGGACCGGGAGCGCACCUGCCCGCUCUGCCGCUCAGUUGCCGUGGAUACCCUGCGCUGCUGGAAGGACGGGGCCACUUCGGCACACUUCCAGGUGUAUUAGGGCUGAGGGACGAGGAAUCCCAGCUCCCAGGCACACUGUGGGAGCCGAUGGAUGGCCCACGUGAUUGGGUCCGGCUCUGCGGACUUCCUGGAACACAGGCCUCAAUCAUUUACGAUCGUGCCUCCUGCCUUUCUCCACCUCCUUCCCUAAGCCAGGCCCCUGUCCUCCCGACCUUCACCUUCCUCUUCCGUUCUGUGGCACAGUGUGUGCGUCCCUGGUGCGGCCGUUCUUCCCCUACAAGCCUCCUGACUCAGAUCUGGCCUCCUCCCGCGUGGGUCUCCUGCCCCCUCCAAGGGAAGGGACCGGUGAUAGACAGGUCCUGCCUGGUGUUAUUUUAACUCUUGGUGACCUGACGCUGCGCCCCAGAAAGGGCCUGGACAUCACUGCCUCUCCCCAGGCGGUGCAGGUCUGCAGAUUAGAAUCACUGUGGAGCAUUUCCCAAAUACAAGUGCCGGGCCCCACCUUGUCCUUGCAAUAAUUGAGUGUACCAAGCCCAUCGUGCCAGCUAAGCAUCCUGCUUGGAUGACCUCUUGUAAUCCUCUCAACAGCCCUGGGGUGGAGGUCCUGUUGUUUCCUCUGUUUUACAGAGGAGGAAACUGAGGCACGGAGCUCCAUGUGGUAACUUCCCCAGGGUCACCCAGCUAGCAGGGGUGGACCCUCUGUCUGGCUUCAGAGCCCACCCUCUCAACCACCAUGCUCACCCGCUGCUCAGACACUGCGGGCGUGGGGCCCAGCAGACAUGGCUUUUUAGGCGCACGAGAGGUGAUUCUGAUGCCCAUCCGUGGCCCAGGUGCAUAGCACAUUUGGUUUGGGCCCCACUGAGGAUGCCAACAGGGAGCGCUGGCUCUGGAAAUCGAGCUGUGGCUCGAUUCGUGGAAAGAGUUGGUCUUUAAAAUUGCAAUUUUGCUGGGCUCUGGCUGGGAUGCUCAAUCGCAUUUGGGUAUCAGGAAUGGCCAGCUUUGGUCCCGAUGCCGAUAUCACUGGGUCACCACACCUGUCUUCAUUUCUGUCCUCCUCCUUCUGCUCUUCUCCUGUCCCUCACUUGGGUCUCAGCUUGUCUACAGUGCCUGUGGCCAUCACCUUCUCCCCUGGUGGCCCUGAGAGCAAAAUGAACGAUCCACAUUACGGGUUUUUCCACAAGCCAGGGUGGUGGCAUAGAAUGCAGUAGCAGUCAGGGUGUCUGUAAUCUCUAUAGCAGAGCUGCUGAUCUCUAUAACAGAACAGCUUCUCCACCUGUGAGACCCUCCCUGCUUUGAAUGUGGGACAAGAUGGGACAGGUGAUCACUUAGAAGCUUCUGGAAUCUUGCCUGCCCCUAACCCUCUCCCCACUCUGUUCACUCACUGUCAACCCCUGCACAAUGGGCUGGUGCCAGUGGCUUUACACAGAAAUCAGUCUUGUGGCUCGUGAGCAGAUUAACAACAAAGCCCCAGCAGAAAUGGUGGGAGACUGGCUGCCACCUUGCUCUCGGCCAGUAAUAACAAGCCCACCCCAUCCCUAGCAGUUUCAGGACGUUUGCCCCCAUGUGCUAUCAAGCCAGGGCCUUUUCCUUUGCCUGACAUCCCUGGCUCUUUCCUGGUACCCAGCAAGACAUCUCUUCCAGGGCAGCGUGGCAUCUUUCAAGCUCUGUUACUAUGGCAAUGGCUACGAUGUUACAAUCCCACUUGCCUGGAUAAUCAAGUCGGAAGGGGAAGCGGAGGGAAAUGGGGCCGGGUGGAUGCGGCUGUUCUGGUCCCCCUGCCUUGAGGAAGAACCAAAGGGAAGCAACAGGAGCUUCUUUGGCUGGUUUUUAUCAGAAAGAUCACCCUGCCUGCAGAUGCCAUCAAAGAGACACAAGAAAUCGGAGCUGGAGAAGAUUUAUUAACAUGCUAGCUUGUGACAGAGCGGAAUUCUGAUUCCAAACUCUGCAUGACUUUGGGAAGUCACUUCACCUCCCCACAGCCAUCUCCAGGAUGAUGAAACCUUGUGUAUUAUCUGCUGGAGCCAGGGACACUAACAAUGUAGAGUAGUGGGGAAGGCACCUGUGGUUUUGCCAGUUUUACUCAUGCCACCAAAAAAAGAGAGAAAAGAAACCCACACAUCUCUAACAAUCUUCAAAUAAUGAGCCAUGCCUCUGGCGUUAUAAACAGUGUCACAAGUGGGGGAUACUUGGGGGCAGGUGGGAUGAUUUCAUUCAGGAUUUUACUUAUUCAUUCCCUGCCCUCUGGGGGAAAGUUCCAUCUGGAGGUUUUCUUUUGGAUGGGAGGAACUUCUGCCCCAAGGAGAAACAGCGGCCAGUGGAGAGUCUCCCAAACAUUAGGCUGCAUAGGUUCCCCACCACGAGGGUAAAAGCAGCCAAGGGUUGUCACUGGGAAAGAAGAACAUUCUCCAUUGCCCAUCCUGGCUCUGCAACUCCUUUGUUAUAAGCAGGAUUGGAUCGCAUAUUGUGUUGGAGUAUCCUGCUCUUAUUUUAUGAUUCACUGUCUCAAGUUCCUGAAACUCUUCGAAAUGGCCCUCUUAGUGUAAAAGAUCUUGGGCAUAAUAAAUGUGAGAAUAAAAAGGCAAGCUUUGGACCUGGAUGGAACAGGCUCAUUACCUUCAUAAGAGGAGAAUGUGAGAGAUGCCUGGAGGCACCAAGCGCCUAAGACUUUGGGUUGGAAAGAGGACAUGUAAAGUGAGUCCUGGAAUCUCUUAGUAGUUUUGCUCUGGGCUGAACAGAGCUGUCUUCGGCGUUUUUAAUGUUCCCUUAAGUUCCCUUCUGCCAAUAAAUAUCAUCUG